GAUGACAUGAAGUUGACACGAGUGUCAUCUUUUCGCUUUCAUUACCAUCCUAAAUACAUCUUGUCUACAACUAAAUUAAAUUAAACUUUACCUUUUUGCCAUUUGUAAGCCACCAAUCCAUUCAAACUUAACCCUUAAGUCAUUGACGUAAGACUUAAAAAUAAAAUAAUCUGAAAGAAAUGAUACGAAAUUUCACGUCUGCUGAUUUUGAAAACGUCUCCGAAGAGUCUCAAAUAAUGACAUGAUAACAAUAUCGCAAAUUACCCCACUGUAUCGGAGAAAAUUGGUCACCAUUACCGAGACAGACCAGCCGUGAUGGGAACCCAGGUUUUAUUUUGGUGCCUUUUCAUUUUUCGCCCAUAUCGGAAUUGCGAGCGUACUGAGUGGUUCCGUACCCGCGCCCGGCCGAGCGUAACCCGAAGGAAAAACGCAAGUUUAUAACUACACAUGUAUAAAUAUAACGUCGUCCAACGAUAGUGAUUCAGUUUUACGCGAUCGCUUGCAACAAAAUGGUGGAUCGACCGGCGGGGUGAAACAAUAAAACAAAAGAAAGUGAACUAUAACUCAAUUGUGCAAUCAGUGACGUCUGAGCAAAAGUCAAUUUUUGAAAUGACUGUCAAGAUGUGGCGGGAGACAGCGGUGGUGUUUUGCAUAGUUGUUAUAACUUCAGCUGAAGAUUAUGAAAGUAAUUUGACUAAACUGUGGUCGUUAUCUGGUGUUAAACAUAGUGGAGGAAGGACUGCUGUUGUUAAUGUGACCAGUGCAAUAAAUGUUCAGCCUGAAAGAGCGCCAAGGAGAUCUAAGGAGUUCGAGGGUUAUAGGUUCAGGCCCCGCGCGAUCCCGUUAAAGGAGCCGACUAUAGAAAGGAGUGUUUAUUAUGCACCAGAUAAUAAAUAUAAGUCGGAGGUUCUUUUCCCCGGUAAUUAUUUUGCAAUUGCCGAAGAGAAAAGCAAGGAGAACUUGACGCAGGAUGCGUAUAACCCGUUGGAGGGGGGUCCUUUCCAGCCGAUAGCGAUACCUUUGAGGGAAUACCAGGGGAGGUCGCUGGGCGAGUACGAGGAACCAAUUAUUGAGAAACCUGAAGGUUUCACGGAACAAACGGCCCAGAGGAGAUCUAUUUCUUACCUCUUCGGCAUUGAAGGUGCAGAGGAUGACGAAGAUGACGGCGAAGACGCAGAAGGAGACUACGAAGUCGAGGAGAACGGAGAAAACGACCGAUCCAAGACCAAGGUCAAACCGAAGAAACCCAAGACGAAGAAACUGGGAAAAUACAUGAUGCCGCUCCUCCUAGCGUACAAGAUGAAGUACUUCGCAAUGAUACCCCUGAUGGUCGCUGGAUUGGUACUGCUGGUAGGAGCGACGGGAUUGGCCGGGUUCUUCUUUGCCCUGUUCGCCGCCACCAUGGGAUUACAGAAAGGCAGUUAUUAAAAGUAGAAUAGAGUCGACGAUAACUCGCAGUUGCCAUCCAAGUUUAAUUUCUUCACCGUGUAAGUUCAGUUUUAAGGCAAAAGUUUUGUAGCAUUUGUUUUUUAUACACUUUUGCUAGCUGUUAGCCGAAGACGUGUUUCGGUUUCCUGAAUGUACCUACACGGUUUUUUACGAUUUACAAAUCAUCCACCGAAAUCAAAGGGCAGAACUUCUACAAACUUUACUUAGUUUAAUUCAAUACUGAAAUGGAACUGUUAUUUCGGUAUAUGAAUGGUUCUGUUAUUGUUUUUAUUAUACGCUCGCGCUUUUGUAAAUAAUUUCAUAAUUUAUUUAAUUAGUGUUUAAUGAACAUUAAGCUAUUUAUUUAAUUUAAUAGAAAUACGAAUAAAAUGAACCAAAUCGACUUAGUAAUGUAUAUGAUAGUAGUUACCAUGAAUGAUGUACGAUCAUGUAUGUAUUAAAAUUGUAAAAUGAUCAACGAACAUUAUGAAAAUAUAAAGACACUAUGCUUUGA